AGUGCGCCGUACUUCCCAUCGCCUCUUCUCCUCCUGUUUCGCCUGAAAGCAGACAGAAGACAACUCUCACCGCAUUCAUGGCAGCCGACGAUUUCUCGUGUCCGUCGCAGUCCGACGAUCCGCACGACCAGCACCUCAGACAGCAGCACCAGCACUCCGCUACCGUCAUGGCUCCCUACCUCACUCGCCACAUCCCCGAACGCCUCUACCCCGAAUCCCACAAAGAACCACGCACUUUUUGCUAUCGCCACCACCCUGACUUUAAAUGCAAGCGUCAGGCUGAUGAGACGAACAUGGAGGAUCUCCAGCGGGAACUCGAAAGUCUGCCGAAGCAAGACCAGCAGGCCAUUACCCACGUCUGGAGCAUAUUCUCGGCUGCUCCUACAAACGAGCGCAAUCUAGUACUCAAAGGCAUACUCUCGCAAUGCUGCUCGCCCCAACUCUCCUUCGUUUCCUCCAUGCUCCGCGAUCUCAUCCGCAUCGACUUUGUCUCCGCCCUCCCGGCUGAGAUCUCCUUCAAAAUCCUCUGCUACCUCGACGCCUCCUCGCUCUGCAAAGCUGCCCAGGUUUCUCGAAAAUGGCGCAUGCUCGCCGACGACGACAUCGUUUGGCACCGCAUGUGCGAACAGCACAUCGAGCGCAAGUGCCUCAAAUGUGGCUGGGGCCUGCCUCUUCUCGAGAAGCGCCGACUGCGCGAAUCGAAGCGCGACAUCGAGCGCAGAAUCGAGGAACUCUCAGAGUCCACCAAGCCUUCUUCUUCUUCUUCUGCUUCUCCUUCUUCAGACUCGAGUGUUACUACUGGCAGCAAACGAUCCAUCGACGAGACUGACGGCGGGCCCUCCACGACGCAGACAACCAUCGUCGAACAAAUCAAUGAGAUUGAACAGCCUGCAGCAAAGAAAGCAAAAGGACCUGAUAUGUCCGAGUUGACGACCCAGAACGUGCCCGCCGGACGGAUGACUAGACCUUGGAAAGAUGUCUACUCUGAACGUUUGAAGGUCGAACAAAACUGGCGUCGUGGACGCUAUCAGCUCAAGGUGUUUAAAGGACACACUGAUGGAAUCAUGUGCCUGCAAUUCGAUCACUCCGUCCUCAUCACCGGCUCUUACGAUACAACCGUCCGCGUCUGGGAUAUCGAGACUGGAAAACUUCACAGAAUAUUAACUGGUCAUGUUCGGGGUGUGCGCACGCUCAUGUUUGACGACUCUAAGCUCAUCACUGGCUCGAUGGACCGGACUAUCAGGAUAUGGAACUACCGCACCGGCGAGUGCGUCUCGACGUUGCGUGGCCACACCGACGGUGUAUUGAGCUUACACUUUGACUCUGAAUUGCUUGCGUCUGGCUCUGCCGACAACACAAUCCGUGUGUGGAACUUCCGCGAAAAGUCGUUCAUGACCCUUCGUGGACACACCGACUGGGUCAACUCUGUACACAUUCACAGUCCUACACGCAUGCUAUUCUCUGCGAGCGACGAUACCACUGUACGCAUGUGGGAUCUUGAUCUGCGCCAGUGCGUGCGUGUGUUUGGCGGCGGCCUGCAGGGAUCUCCCAACGACCAAAAUCACUUUGGUCAGGUGCAAUGUGUCUUGCCUGUCGUGAUUCGCCAAGAUGAUGAUGAAGACGAGAACGAUGAAGAGGACGACGAUGAAGACGAGCAGUAUCAUCAACACCAUCAGUACCAGGCUCCGACCGAGCCCGUCUCUCAGCCUGGGCUUGUGGGUGGUGAAUACAAGGAAGAUGCAAACGCUACGAAAGUGGAGGAAGACGAAGCGCAUUCAGUCAGCUCGCCACAGAACUCGCGGCCUCGCAAGAACAAGCGUCGCAAGACUUUGCCCUACAUCCUGACUUCCUCGCUCGACAGCACGAUCAAAGUGUGGAACACAAACACCGGAGAAUGCACCCGUACCCUUUUCGGUCACAUUGAAGGCGUCUGGGCUCUUGCCGCCGAUACUUUCAGAAUCGUAUCCGGAGCACACGAUCGGCUCGUCAAGGUCUGGGAUCUGCAGAGUGGACGAUGCUUGCACACUUUCAGCGGACACAGUGCACCGGUUGCCUGUGUCGGAUUAAGCGACUCCCGUCUUGCGUCCGGAAGUGACGAUGGUGAAGUAAGACUUUAUUCGUUUGGAGUGGAGUAGCGAUCUCCUAUCAAGUUGAGGAGACGUGUGAUUUAAUGUAAAACUAUCUAUCUGUACGGUAUACCAAAAGGUCUUUUGUUUUUUCUAUUCUAUUUAUUCAUGGAGUUCACUGCGCGUUGGUAUGGGGAGCUUUGCGUGUUGCGAUUUUUCUGCUGUUUUAUUUCAUAUGUACUGGUUUCCAAAAAAUAAUCAUUUGUCUUAUUUAUUCACAUAACUAUCUCUUCA